AUGGGUCUUACUCUUGAGGACAUCUAUGGUAAAGAAUUGAAUAACGACCAGGCACCCGCAGAGUACUCGGAGUACCAGCCCAAGAAGGGUCAUGGCUGGGCCGGUGCUCUGCCAGAGCGGCAGGGUCUUUAUGAUCCCGAGAAUGAAAAAGAUUCUUGCGGUGUCGGAUUCGCUGCCCAUAUCAAGGGCGUGCCAAGUCACAAGAUCGUCAGCGAUGCUCGCGAUUUGCUCUGCAACAUGACCCACCGUGGAGCCGUGGGUUCUGACUCCCGAGACGGUGACGGUGCUGGUGUAAUGACUAGCAUUCCCCACAAUUUCUUUGUAAAGAACUUUGCCCGAGAGCAGGGCGUGGAGCUCCCUCCACUGGGUCAGUACGCUGUCGGAAAUUUGUUCUUCAAGCCUGACGAGGCGACACUCCAACAGUCCAAGACGGACUUGGAGGAACUGGCAAGCCAGCUUGGUCUCCGCGUUCUGGGGUGGCGUGAAGUUCCCCACGACUCGACCAUUUUAGGUCCGGCUGCGCUUUCGCGUGAGCCUGUCAUUUUGCAGCCUUUUGUGGUCUUGCAGUCUGCAUAUGGAGAGGGUGAUAAACCCAAAGUCACGGAUACUGAGGAGUUUGAUGCUAGAACUUUCGAAUUGCAGCUUUACGUUCUACGGAAGCGCGCCACCAAUGUCCUAGGAUCCGCCAAUUGGUUCUACCUUUGUUCCCUUAGCAACCGUAACAUCAUUUACAAAGGUCAGCUUUCUCCUGUUCAAGUGUACAAGUAUUACCACGAUCUUGUCAACGUCGAUUACGAGGGCCACUUUGCUCUUGUACACUCGCGAUUCUCGACCAACACAUUCCCCUCCUGGGACCGAGCUCAGCCCUUGCGAUGGGCUGCUCACAACGGCGAGAUCAACACAUUGCGCGGAAACAAGAACUGGAUGCGUGCCCGUGAGGGUGUUCUUCGCUCAGAAGUCUUCGGCGACGAGCUCGACCAGUUGUACCCAAUUGUUGAAGAGAAUGGCUCCGAUUCUGCCGCCUUCGAUAAUGUUUUGGAGCUGCUCAUGAUCAACGGUGUUCUCUCUCUACCUGAGGCUGUCAUGAUCAUGAUACCAGAGGCCUGGCAAGAUAACCCGGCCAUGGACCCGGCCAAGUCGGCAUUCUACGAGUGGGCCGCUUGCCAGAUGGAGCCCUGGGAUGGACCAGCUCUGUUCACAUUCUCGGAUGGCCGCUACUGCGGUGCGAAUCUCGAUCGUAACGGUCUGCGUCCUUGCCGUUUCUAUGUCAUGGAUGACGAUCGGAUCGUCUGUGCAUCUGAAGUCGGUGCUAUUGAGAUUGACCCAGAACGUGUUGUUCAGAAGGGUCGUCUGCAACCCGGUAAGAUGUUGCUUGUCGACACCGUUGCUGGUCGUAUUAUCGAUGAUGCCGAGUUGAAGCAAACUGUUGCUAAGCGUCAGGACUUUGCCGGUUGGUUGGAUAAGCAGCUCCUGAAGCUGCCCGCCAUUAACAAGGCUCUCCUCGAUAAGAACGUGAAUCUGACCUUCGCCUUGGACGCCAACACCGUUCAAAACGAUCCUCGCCUUCGUGCGUUUGGUUAUUCCUUUGAGCAGGUCAGCCUGCUACUCGGCCCUAUGGGUGCCGACUCUAAGGAAGCUCUUGGUUCCAUGGGUAACGAUGCGCCAUUGGCUUGCAUGUCCAAACAGCCUCGUCUGCUGUACGAGUAUUUCCGUCAGUUGUUCGCCCAGGUGACUAACCCGCCCAUCGACCCUAUCCGAGAGGCCGUUGUUAUGUCAUUGGAGUGCUAUGUUGGUCCCCAGGGUAAUCUUUUGGAGAUGGAGGCAUCUCAGUGCCAUCGUUUGCUCUUACCCUCCCCUAUUUUGAGCAUCCCCGAGUUUAACGCUCUCAAGAACGUGCAAAAGAUCCACAAAGAUUGGUCCGUUCGCACAAUCGAUAUUACCUUCGAAAAGGCCAAGGGCGUUGCCGGCUACCUCGAGGCGUUGGAUCUCAUUUGCGAAGCUACUACUGAGGCUAUUCAGAGUGGUGACAAGGUUAUUAUUCUGUCUGACCGUGCUACUUCCGCCAGCCGGGUUCCCGUCUCUGCUCUGUUAGCCACUGGUAUGGUUCACCACCAUUUGGUACGGAACAAGUGGCGGUCAUUUGCUGCCUUGGUUGUUGAGACUGCCGAGGCUCGUGAAGUUCAUCACCACUGUGUUCUUCUCGGAUACGGUGCCGAUGCAAUCAAUCCUUACCUAGCUCUCGAGUGUAUCCUCAAGAUGAACCGCGAGAACCUUAUUCGCAAGGAACUCUCCGAUGAUAAGGUGGUCGAGAACUACAAGGCCUCUUGCGAUGGUGGUAUUCUCAAGGUCAUGAGUAAGAUGGGUAUUUCAACUUUGCAGUCUUACAAGGGUGCCCAAAUCUUCGAGGCCCUCGGUAUCGAUGACAGUGUCAUCGACCGCUGCUUCGCCGGUACUGCAAGCCGCAUUCGCGGUAUCACUUUCGAAUUAAUUGCUCAAGAUGCCUUCGCCUUCCACGAUCGUGGCUACCCAUCCCGUGAAAUCGUCCAGAUCCCUGGUCUCCCGGAGACCGGCGAGUACCACUGGCGUGACGGUGGUGAGGCUCACAUUAACGACCCCACCAGCAUCGCCAACAUUCAGGAUGCCGUUCGUACCAAGAAUGACAAGUCUUACGAGGCGUACGCCAAGUCUGCUCAUGAGCAGAUUAAGAACUGCACCCUCCGUGGUAUGCUUGAUUUCGACUAUGACCAGCGGACUCCCAUUCCGAUCGACCAGGUUGAGCCAUGGACUGAGAUCGUGCGUCGCUUUGUGACCGGUGCCAUGUCUUACGGUUCUAUCUCGAUGGAAUCGCACUCGACUCUGGCCAUCGCCAUGAAUCGUCUGGGCGGUAAGUCCAACACGGGUGAGGGUGGUGAGGAUCCAGAGCGUAGCAACCGCAUGGAGAACGGUGACACCAUGCGGUCCGCCAUUAAACAGAUUGCCUCCGGCCGUUUCGGUGUUACCUCUCACUACCUUGCCGAUGCCGAUGAACUGCAAAUUAAGAUGGCACAGGGUGCUAAGCCCGGUGAGGGUGGUGAGCUCCCCGGCCAUAAGGUUGUCGGCCCCAUCGCUCGUACUCGUCAUUCCACCCCCGGAGUCGGUCUUAUUUCCCCACCUCCCCACCACGAUAUUUAUUCGAUUGAGGAUUUGAAGCAACUGAUCUACGAUCUUAAGUGCUCUAACCCCCGCGCCCGUGUCUCUGUCAAGCUUGUUUCGGAGGUCGGUGUUGGUAUUGUCGCUUCUGGUGUUGCCAAAGCUAAGGCUGACCACAUUUUGAUCUCUGGUCACGAUGGUGGUACUGGUGCUUCUCGCUGGACUGGUAUCAAGUAUGCCGGUCUUCCUUGGGAGCUUGGUCUUGCUGAGACCCACCAGACUCUUGUGCUGAACGACCUGCGCGGUCGUGUUGUUGUCCAGACUGAUGGUCAGAUUCGUACUGGCCGUGACCUCGCCAUCGCCUGUCUCCUCGGAGCCGAGGAGUAUGGUUUCGCAACCACCCCCUUGAUCGCCCUUGGAUGUAUCAUGAUGAGAAAGUGUCACCUGAACACUUGCCCAGUCGGUAUCGCGACACAAGACCCUGAAUUGCGCAAGAAGUUUAAUGGCCAGCCGGAGCAUGUUAUCAACUUCUUUUACUAUGUCGCCAACGAGAUGCGUGCUAUCAUGGCCAAGCUGGGUAUUCGCACUAUCAACGAGAUGGUUGGCCGUGCUGAACUUCUCAAGGUUCGCGAUGAUAUUCGCAACCAGAAACAACAGCGCAUGGAUCUGUCACUGAUUCUGACCCCGGCCCAUUCCCUCCGUCCUGGAGUUGCCACCUACAACGUUCGGAAGCAAGACCACCGCCUUCACACACGUCUUGACAACAAGUUGAUCUUCGAGUCUGAGCUUGCCCUAGAGAAGGGUCUUCCCUGCCGCAUUGAGUGUGACGUUGUCAACACCGACCGCAGUCUUGGUGCUACCCUUUCGUACCAGAUUAGCCGACGCUAUGGAGAGGCCGGACUCCCUCAAGACACCAUUCACGCCAACAUCAAGGGUUCCGCUGGUCAAUCCUUCGGUGCUUACCUCGCCCCUGGUGUCACCUUGGAGCUCGAGGGUGAUGCUAACGACUACGUCGGUAAGGGUCUGUCCGGUGGUCGCCUGAUUGUAUACCCUCCCCGCAACGCCGCAUUCAAGGCCGAGGACAACGUAAUUGUCGGCAACACCUGUCUUUACGGUGCCACUCGUGGCGCAUGCUACUUCCGCGGUGUCGCUGCUGAGCGUUUUGCUGUCCGAAACUCCGGUGCCACCGCUGUUGUCGAGGGUUGUGGUGACCAUGGUUGUGAGUACAUGACUGGUGGUCGUGUCCUCAUUCUUGGAGCUACUGGCCGCAACUUCGCUGCCGGUAUGUCCGGUGGUAUCGCCUACGUCCUGGACAUGGCUCAGAACUUCCACUCUAAGGUUAACCUGGAGAUGGUUGAGGUUUCUGGUAUUGAGGAUCCCGCUGAAAUCGCCUACGUCCGCGGUCUUAUCGAGGACCACCACCAUUAUACCGGCUCUGAGCUGGCCGCUCGUAUCCUGCUCGACUUUAACCGGGCCCUCCCCCACUUCGCCAAGGUGCUGCCUACCGACUACAAGCGUGUUGUAGAGGAAGAGGCUGCCAAGGCCGCAGCCGCUAAGAAGGCCGAAAUCUCUCUGCCCUAUCUUGGCAGCCCUAAGAAGGCUGCGAAGGUUGAGGUAGCUAAGCCCAAAAUUGAGGAGAAGAAGGCAGACAUGCUAGAUAUUGAGGACAGCAUCAGCGACUCCAAGACUGAGAAGAAGCGUUCAGCUUUGAUCUUGGACAAGACUCGGGGUUUCAUGAAGUACACUCGCCGCAGUGAGAAGUACCGCAACCCGGCUACUCGUACCCGCGACUGGGCUGAGCUUUCCAACCGUCUCAGCGAGGACGAGUUGAAGUACCAGUCAGCUCGCUGCAUGGACUGUGGUGUUCCCUUCUGCCAGUCUGACACCGGUUGUCCUAUCUCCAACAUCAUUCCCAAGUGGAACGAGUUGGUUUUCCAGAACCAGUGGCAGGACGCUCUUAACCGCUUGCUUAUGACCAACAACUUCCCCGAGUUUACUGGUCGUGUCUGUCCUGCUCCCUGCGAGGGUGCCUGUGUUCUGGGUAUCAACGAGGACCCCGUUGGCAUUAAGUCCAUCGAGUGUGCUAUCAUCGACCGCGGUUUUGAAAUGGGUUGGAUGGUCCCCAAGCCACCUAAAGUUCGCACUGGCAAAACCGUCUCCAUCAUUGGAUCCGGCCCCGCCGGUAUGGCCGCUGCUGAUCAGCUGAACCGCGCUGGUCACUCUGUGACCGUCUACGAGCGCGCUGACCGUGUCGGUGGUCUACUCAUGUACGGUAUUCCGAACAUGAAGCUGGACAAGAAGGUUGUCCAGCGCCGUGUCGACCUGAUGGCUGCGGAGGGUAUCAAGUUCGUCACCAGCACCGCUGUUGGCCCCGAUGAGCAGGUGACCCUGUCUUCUCUCCGCUCCAGUAACGACGUCGUCAUCAUCGCCACUGGAGCUACUGUUGCCCGUGACCUCAAGGUUACUGGCCGUGAACUGGACGGAGUCCACUUCGCCAUGCAAUUCUUGCACAAGAACACAAAGUCCCUGUUGGACUCUGAACUUGCCGACGGCGAGUACAUAUCUGCCAAGGACAAGCACGUCGUUGUCAUUGGAGGAGGUGACACCGGUAACGACUGCAUUGGUACCUCUGUGCGCCACGGAGCCAAGUCGGUCACUAACUUCGAGCUCCUGCCCCAGCCUCCCCCGGAGCGCGCCAAUGACAACCCCUGGCCCCAGUGGCCUCGCAUCUACCGUGUUGAUUAUGGCCACUCCGAGGUCAAGACCCACAUGGGUAAGGACCCCCGCGAGUACUGUGUCAUGUCGACCGAGUUCGUCGAUGACGGCAGUGGCCGCGUCAAAGGUAUCAACACUGUCCGUGUUGAAUGGACUAAGAGCUCCACCGGUGGUUGGGAUAUGAAGACUGUCGAGGGCAGUGAGCAGUUCUUCCCUGCCGACCUGGUCCUUUUGUCUAUGGGCUUCCUGGGUCCCGAGGAUCGUCUCCUUGGUGAUGAGAUCGAGCGCGACCCUCGUAAGAACGUUAAGACCGCCCCUGGUCGUUACUCUACCAACAUCCCUGGUGUUUAUGCCGCAGGUGACUGCCGCCGUGGACAGUCCCUGAUUGUCUGGGGUAUUAACGAGGGCCGCCAGUGCGCACGCGAAGUUGAUGCUGACCUCAGCGGUACCAGCUCCCAGCUCCCGGUUACUGGAGGUAUCUUGCGCCGCCCUGCCAUUGACUCUGUGCCUCAGGUCACCGAAGUUGUGGCUUAA